CCUCGCUAUUAGCAAUGGAUUUUAAAUUGUCGGCAUCCUGAUAUCCCUGUGACACAACUAUCUUGCACCCCUGCUCUUCUUAGGAAAGCUGUCGCAAUGGUUCUCUUUCAUUGGUCAGAUCUCGUCGCAACCUCCUGUUUACCUGCGACCUCGACGACCUCAACCUGACUACCUCUCCUUCUUGUUUUCCAUCCGUUCUUCAUCAAACUUCACCCAAAUCUCCUUCAAAUCCUUUUUUCCUGGUCGCCCUCAACUAGCGAUUACUGUUAGAUACCCUUUUUUCAUCUCGCGUUGCAUUUAUUUGAUUAUUUAGCUCACUAAGCCGAACAUCAUGCCCGUCGAGCUUCGCAAGCGCAAAGCUCCUGCGCCCGCCCCAGAGCCGCCAGUCAAGAAGCAAUCCAAAGUUUCAAAGGCAGCCUCCAAGGUUAAAGAGGCUGUCAAGGCCAAGCCUACCAAACCUACCAAGCCUACCAAGUCCACCAAGUCUGCCGAUGCCAAUGGCUCUUCCAAGCCUGCCAAACCCGUAGUCGGUGACACACUCACCCUCGACGGUUUUGGUGGCGAGUUCGAAACCAACGACGGUAAAAAGACUACCUUAAAGGCCCUCCUAGAUGAGAGUAAAUCGGGAGUUGUGAUUUUCACGUACCCAAAGGCCUCCACGCCGGGCUGUACCAACCAAGCAUGUCUCUUUAGAGACUCCUACGAGCCUUUGACCAAGGGUGGCCUCGCCAUCUACGGUCUCUCGGCUGACUCGCCUAAAGCCAACACCACAUUCAAGACCAAGCAGAACUUACCUUACCCGCUUCUAUGCGACACCAGCUUCGCGUUGAUUGAAGCCCUCGGUUUCAAGAAGGCGCCUAAGGGUGUCACUCGCGGCGUCUUCGUCGUUGACAAGAGCGGCAAGGUUCUCAUCGCCGAACCUGGCGGGCCUGCCGCAACGGUCGAGGCCGUUAAGAAGCUGGUCGCUGAAAACGAGGAAGCGGACGUGAAGGAACCUGCUGACGAGGAGCCUGCGGAGAAGUCCGCAGAAGAGGCCAAAUCCCCCAAUGGCGAUGCCACUAAGGAGGAGGAGGAUGAGGAGGAUGGUGCGGCCGAGUGACGGAGAUAGUCUUUUUUGCCCGUCUGCUUUUCUGUCUAACCUAGGGAUUAUCUUGCCUCCAGUCGUAACAUGACGGUUUUGAUAUGAUAGUAACUUCGGUGUCAAUAAUGACGUAGAAUGACGAGAACAAUAAAAGUAAAUUGGGUAUACGAAGUUUCUCGCUAAAGCGACACCUCCCUCUUUCUGGUCUCGUACGUGGUCAACAUCAAGACUCGCGUUAAAGUCUACCCAUUCAAUCGACUUAUUGCUGCUACACGUCUAUAUUAUGUAUG